AUGGCUUCACCCGUCACCUCAGACGUACAGUCCACACCAAAUCUGACCAACGCCUCAACGUCAGCCGCGACAUCCAUGCCAGCUUCGCCAAGCUCAGCUGGUCCAGCCAUCAAGGCGGAGGUCCAUGUAGCCAACGGAGACACCGACAACGUGGUCAUGGAGGAGGAUAAGGAGUCUGUGGAAGCCGAUCCGGCUGCCGACGCCCGCGCCAAUCGCCUGAGCUUCCUGCUCGACAAAUCAACCAUCUACGCCAAGAUCAUCGGGGACCGGAUGGCGCGCCAGCAGAUCGAGAAGCGGAAGGCGGAGCAACGGGCCGAGACUCGUAAGGCCAACAAGGAGAAGAGAGGAGAGGGGACCGCUACAAGGGGCGGAUUGAGAGAUAAGGCGGGUCCCGCUGCCAAGGAGGAAGAAGAAACUGGGGUCGGGAAGCGGAAGCGGAGAGGCGACGCAGCAGGAUCUGCGAAGAAGGCCAAGGUCGAGAACCAGGAGGAGGAAGGAGAGGACAUGAAGCAGUACUCGUUCGCCCAGCCCGAGCUCGUCACUGGCGCCAAGCUCCGGGACUACCAGCUGGCGGGGGUGCAGUGGAUGAUCAGUCUGUACGAGAACGGGCUGAACGGAAUUCUGGCGGACGAGAUGGGGCUGGGAAAGACCCUCCAGACCAUCGCCUUCCUGGCGCAUUUGCGGUCCAAGGGGACUUGGGGACCCUUCCUUAUCGUCUGCCCAUUAUCAGUACUCAACAACUGGAUGAUGGAGUUUGAGAAGUUCUGCCCCUCCAUCCCUGUCAUCAUGUAUCACGGCACCCCCGAACACCGCGCCGACCUCCGCGCGACUCGUCUUCAACCCCCCUCCGCCUCGGACAUUGGCGCCAACAAGAAGAAGGGCGGCAGGAAGAGCAACACCUCGAGAUCAGGCGGGAAUUCGACUUCGACGUUCCCGGUCGUUGUGACGACCUACGAAAUUUGCAUGAAGGAUCAAAAGUUCUUGAGCAACUUUAUGUGGAAGUUUAUUGUGGUGGAUGAAGGGCACCGGCUGAAGAAUCUGGACUGCAAGCUUAUUCGGGAACUGAAGACGUACACCUCUGCAAACCGGAUGAUCUUGACUGGUACACCUCUUCACAACAACCUCGCCGAGCUCUGGUCUCUCCUCAACUUCAUCCUCCCCGACAUCUUUGACGACCUCGACUCGUUCCAGCAAUGGUUCAACUUUGACGAGAUGUCAAGCACCGGCAACCAGGAUGCUGCUCUCCUCGACAAAUCCUCCGUCGUCACCUCCCUUCACGCCAUCCUCAAACCAUUCCUACUCCGCCGACUCAAGGUGGACGUCGAGAAGGACCUCCCGCCCAAGAAGGAAUACCUCCUCUAUGCUCCGCUCACGCAGCAACAGAAGGACAUCUACCAGGCGAUCGUCUCGGGUCAAAUCAGGCAGUUCCUCGUGGACAAGAAAUCCGGGAAUGGCGAGGUUGAGACCGAGGAAAAGCCGGAGCCGGUGGUCGAGGCGGUAGAUGCCAAUGGGCGAGGCAAGCGGAAGAGGGGCAGAGUCAACUACAAGAUCGAGGAGAAUGAUAACAAGUACGUGAGGGAUCUGGAGAAUGGGGUGAAGGUGGAUGAGCCGAGUGGGGUGGAAGAGAAGAGCGCGGCGGAAGUGGGCAAGGAUUGGGCUUUGAAGCAAGCUACGAAAUCCGUCAAUAACAUGCGCCUCCAGAAUCUCGUUAUGCAACUUCGAAAGAUCUCGUCCCAUCCUUUCCUGUUCGACUGGCCAUACAACGAAAAGACGGGCGAGCUCGUCGUGGAUCAGGACCUCGUCAAUGCCAGCGGCAAGAUGCUGCUCUUGAAUCGACUCCUCGACGCUUUGCUCGGCCGCGGCCACAAGGUAUUGAUCUUUUCCCAAUUUACGACUAUGCUGGAUGUCAUUGAAGAAUGGGCAAACGAAUUCAAGGGGAUCAAGACUUGCCGGAUCGACGGAUCGACCAGCCAGGAAUCCCGUCGAGAGCAGAUGAACGUGUUCAACAAUGGCGGGACAUCUCCAGAUGCCACCAAGUUGUUCUUGCUCAGUACCCGCGCUGGCGGGCUUGGUAUCAACCUGGUCGAGGCAGACACGGUCAUCUUCUUUGACCAAGACUGGAACCCGCAGAUGGACCUGCAGGCGCAGGACCGAGCUCACCGGAUCGGCCAGACCCGGCCCGUCCUCGUUUUCCGCCUCGUCUCGGCCCAUACCAUCGAGACCAAGAUCCUGCAGAAGGCCGGCAACAAGCGCAAGCUCGAAGCGCUGGUCAUCAGCCAGGGCAAGUUUGGGCGGGUCGUGGAUGAUAAUGGGAAGGUGCUCUUGGGGCGUAGUAAGAACAAGGAGCAGAGCACGGCGGAUAUGGCGCGGGCACUGCUAGAUCUGGAGGGUGAGGAGGUGGAUGUCGCGUCCAAGGACGAUACCAUCAUCAGCGACCAGGAUCUCGCCAUCCUACUAGACCGAUCGAAGGAGGCUAUGGCCCGAAAAGUGGGGUGGUCGGCUGGCCUCGCGAAGGGCAAGGCAGGGGAGGAAAAGCGGGCAAAAGGAGAAAAGACCGCGUUCGAGGUUUUUGUCCCCGCGAAGGACGAUGCUGCGGAUGGGUUGGCCACGAUGUUCAACGGGGAAGGGGAGCAGGGGGACGAGUGA